GAUCCCCCAACAAAGGGAUCCACCGGGUUCCUCCCCUCCCUCCCGCUGCCCUGGGCUUGGAGGGGACCCGGGGGGAUCCGCAGGAUCCAGCUGUGUGCCCCACUCGCACGCCGUGGGAUCCAUCCCCCUCCCCCCUCCUCCAACCUAGGGAGUUUCAUCUCCCCGCCCCCCAAGCCCCGCCCCCAGACGCUGUCCUCUGAGAUCUCUAAGCGCUCUGUGGAUGAUGAGUGAUGCGUCUGGGUUAGGAGUCUGGGGAGGAGUAUCCCUGUCUAACCCAUUCUACAGAAGUGGAGACUGAGGCUGCCAGACCCUAAUCUCUGCACUCAGCCAGGGCCUGGGGCAGUGCCUCCCUCCCACUCCCCUACCCCACCUGCCUGGGUGGGCUUUCUUAUCUUUCAGGUUCGUAGAGGCCCCCCCCCCCCACCGGCGGCGGCAGCGACGGGAGAGGACUGUCAGUCAUGUCCCAGAGCCCCAAGCAGCUAGUCCCAGGCUUCCUGCCAAGCAACGGGAAGGUCCCUGGACAGCAGCAUCUGGGGAGCCUUGCAGGGCUGGCUCCGGUGAAGCAGGAGAAAAUGGAGGGUCCUCGGGCCAGCGGCAUGGAGAAAGGGCACUCAGAAGAGGAGCCUGUGAAGAAGCGAGGUUGGCCCAAAGGUAAAAAGAGGAAGAAGAUUCUUCCCAAUGGGCCAAAGGCACCGGUCACUGGUUACGUUCGCUUCCUGAAUGAGCGACGGGAGCAGAUCCGCACCUUGCACCCAGACCUGCCCUUCCCUGAGAUCACUAAGAUGCUGGGGGCUGAGUGGAGCAAGCUACAACCCACAGACAAGCAGCGUUACCUUGAUGAGGCAGAGAGGGAAAAACAGCAGUACAUGAAGGAGCUCCGUGAAUACCAGCAGUCUGAGGCGUACAAGAUGUGUGCAGAGAAACUCCAGGAGAAGAAAGCCAAGAAAGAGGACCCAGGAGCGUCAGCCAUGAACACCCUCCUGAAUGGACACAAGGGCGGGGACUUUGAUGGCUUCUCUACCUUUGAUGUCCCCAUCUUUACUGAGGAAUUCUUGGACCAGAACAAAGCCAGGGAAGCAGAGCUCCGGCGUCUGAGGAAGAUGAACGUGGCCUUUGAGGAGCAGAACGCGGUCCUCCAGCGUCACACUCAGAGCAUGAGCAGUGCCCGGGAGCGGCUGGAGCAGGAGGUAGCCAGGGAGGAGCGCCGGACCCUGGCCCUGCAGCAGCAGCUCCGAGCUGUCCGCCAGGCGCUCACGGCCAGCUUUGCUUCCUUGCCUGUACCUGGCACUGGGGAAACGCCAACACUUAGUACCCUGGACUUCUAUAUGGCCAAGCUGCAUGGGGCCAUUGAGAGGGACCCCCUGCAGCAUGAGAAGCUCAUCGUGCGCAUCAAGGAGAUCCUGUCUCGGAUAGCCAGUGAGCACUUGUGAGUAGUGGCCAGAGGAAGGGCCCUUGUGGAUCCAGAGUCAUCCUGGGGAAGGAUCAGUCCCAGCAAUCUAGUGUUGCCCCUUGCCCCCCUUUCUCCUGGGUCACUGGGCAGGGCUCAGCCUUGGGCCUCCCUGUACCUCCUCCAGGGCCUGCCAGCCCCAGAGCUGAGUCAGGACCCAGGGCAAGGGGGUAGGGAGGUGCUCGAUGGGUUUUGGGGAGUCUUGUCUGUGCCUUCUUGGGGGUGGGGGAAGCCCCCACCUCUGGAUCCUCCUGCCUUCUCCAGGGCUGGUGUCCCACCCCACCAACCUCCAGGGUGAUCUCUAAGCUAUUUCAAACUUUUCUCCUUUCCCCUGCAUGGGCCAGGGUCAAGAGAGCAUGUGCCAUGUGUCAGCCCCACAGUCCAAUGUAUGGGUGGUGCCCAUAACAGCACGUGGGCACAGAUAGGACCCAUGACACAUUCAGCCAGUUCACACAAAUCCAGCAUAGCACUGCCCAACACCUAACUACAUGGGAGCUAGCGCCAUCUCUGGGCUCCCUCUCCUGCACUUGCUUUUCUCUCUCUCUCUCUCUCACUGACUUAGCUUACCUUCUGAUAGCCCCCUCCCUCCCAGAAUAGGAGAUGGGGGAGGGGAGGGUCAGAGCCUCUCCUGGGCCUGGGAUUUCCAGAAGACUUAAUGGCUCCCCAUGAUCUACAAAAUCAACGCCUUUCCUAGGACUCCCCACUCCUGUCUGUCUCUUCCCCAGGCCAUGCCUCCCCUCUCUAUUCCCCAUACUGCCUCCCCAUAGGGAGCCAGGCAGCUCCCCUCUAUAGCCCGCAGGCCUUCCUGGAAGCAGCAGCUGUGACUACAGUAAUCAACUUUUUAAAUAAAAACGGACUCAGCACAAAUCCA